UUUAUUGCCGAUGCUCCACUGCCACAUUAGCCACUACACGUGGCACGGUACAAAACGUCGAUAAAAGAGCCAAAAUGCAAAUUUGAAUGUUCAAAUACAAAAUUUAUACCGUUGGAGGGUGUACAAGGUGUAGUAUUAUAACUGGAAUGCUCCAAUUAUUCAUCGCCAUCUUCUUUUAUAUUAAGAGGAAUCUUUUCCAUACUUCCCGUCCGCAGCGCGCAGCACAGUCUUUCUUGGUGGCGACGGAAGAAAAAACUGAGGAAAUAAUGGUGGAAGCGAUAUGGACAAACUGCUAUUCCUCGGCGCAAAAGAUACUUCUCGUCGGAGAGGGAGACUUCUCUUUCUCUCUCUACCUCGCCACUGCCUUUCGCUCUGCCUUCAACAUCGUCGCAACCUCGCUAGACUCAUACGAUGUUCUUCUGAAGAAGUACCGCAAGGCUCAAUCAAAUGUGGAGGUGCUUAAGAAGUUUGGAGCAACAAUUCUACAUGAGAUUGAUGCAACCCGAAUGAAAGAUGAAGUUUUUUUAAGAAACCACAAGUUUGAUAGAAUUGUCUUCAACUUCCCUCAUGUUGGCUUCUUCGGAAAGGAAGAUAAUCCUGCUCUGAUCAGUUUGCAUCAAGAGUUAUUACUGGGAUUCUUCUACAAUGCAAGUCAAAUGCUUCAGCCUUUUGGAGAAAUUCAUGUCAGACACAAAACUAGCACUCCAUUUUCCGACUGGAACCUUACUGAUCUUGCUGAAAGAAGCUCCCUUACUUUGUUUAAAUCCGCGCCUUUCAAAAUAGAAGACUAUCCUGGCUAUAACAACAAGAGAGGAGAUGGAUCAAGGAGUGAUGACCCAUUCCCUCUUGGCAAGUGCUCCACCUUCUUUUUCAUAAAUAAUAUUGAUUAUAUGCAAAUGAAAGAGGCGUCAGUAGGAAAGCCCCUGAAAUCUGAUUACCAUGGAAACCUUAUUGAGUUUAAUGGCAGUAGUUGUAGAGGAUCUAGAACGGAAGGGAUGAGAAGAGUGGUGGAUACACAAACUGAGCGCAAGGAACAUCACCUCAUACUCAGAGCUCUUGUUCAUCGUUAUGGAAGAGAUACAAUUGCUGGAAUCUAAAUGAUGGAAAUAUGAUGAUGAAACAUAGCUUCAUUAUGAAGAACAGAUUGUUCUCUUAAUAUUUGAAGGUCGGCAUCUUGCAAUAUGGUGGAUAAUCCGGAUAGAAAUAAGUGCUUUUGGAAAAGCAUUUAUAUCAUGGCAGCUGCUUUUUAAAGUAGUUUUUUAGUAUAAAAUUUUUAAUUUUAUAUUAAAAAGUUAUUUUAAGAUAUAGGAAAAAAGUUGUCCCAAACGAAAGCCUUAAUGUAAUAUAUAAUCUUUCUAAUGAAUGGUUGGUAUCUGAACAUUUUCUGAAGUUAGAUAUGUUUGCUGUGACUCAACAUUGUGUAUGUCCAUCCCUUGCAUAAUAGAUCUAAAUAAUUCUCCUCUUGUAAUUCAGCUAUU